UGAUGUCGCAGCGUCCGGCAAUCGUCACGUGCCGGACCAACGUCCAGUAAGAGUGAUUAGUUGCGGUGGGACACUUUCUGCGCCCUGGGAGUAGCGCAUGGGCUCGCACAACCUAUCCGACCAUCCGAUCUUCUGGUGUGACGAGCUGAAGCGUUUCGAGCGUAAGCGCAUCGCCGAUGAGAGCCUGCGGGACUUCAAAAACCGGAAGCUGAUCGAGCGUCGAUCCCGUGCGAAGGAGCAAUCCCAUUUUCCCCUCUUCCAGUACCGGGAAGUGAUGGAGCGUUACUCACCGUGGGGACGGAAGGGUGGCGGUGCACCGAACGAUACGAUUCGCAUGCGCAACAUACAGCUGCAGGGUUUGUAUCCGGAGACGAAGAAUGAUCUGCGGAAUCCGGUGUCGGUGGGACGUACGCGUGGUGUCGGUGCGGGCGGUGGCGGGGCCCCGAUCCGUAGCGCUUCCGGGCAGAUCGUGACCGGGCUGACCGACGAUCCGAUCAUCAGCUUCAACGACGCCAACCGGUACCAUGUGGAUAACGAGCUGCGGUACAAGACGUCACCGGCCCAGAAGCAAACGUACCGGGCGGAGCUGGACCGGAUCGUGGCGGAGAAGGAAAACCGGGCGCGCAAAACGCGCAGCUCCGAGCUGGCGGAGUAUCAGUCGCAGCCGGGUGGUGGGACGACACGGCCGAACGGUGGCCCCUGGGGGAAACCGGGCCCGGGCGGGAAACCGUGGCGUCCGCCGAAGAACGUCGGCCACAACUUCAUGAAGUCGAUGGGGUGGACGAACAAGGAGACGCUGCAGGAUCUCGACCUGGAGCUGGUGAACAGGAUGCAGCGCCAGCUGGAGGAGGAGAACCGCUUCCUGAAGCGCUUCUCCAACUGCUGCUCACGGUGCGUCUGUCAGUGCAUCAGCAACAGCCUGGAGCAGGCGCCGGCACCCGCCCACGGUGGCAGUGCCGGUGCGGGCCGGGACGCGAUCAAGUAUCACCCAUCACCACCUGCUACUGCGCCGGGUUUGCAACCGCCGGCUCUGCCACCACCAGCAACAGGGUCCGAUCGACGCGUUCCACGACUCUGCAAUCAAAGUCAGCAACAACAGCAACAGCAGCAACAACAGCAACAACAGCAACAACAACAACAGCCACAACAGGCGGGGGCGGGGGGUGGGCGGCGCAAUGGCGGGCGGGUUCCGCCGACGCGCAACUGUAUGAUAACGGGUGGUGUUGAGCUGGUGCCACUGCUCGCCAAACGGCGCUCCCAACCACGUCCCAUCAGCCUCGGCACGACCGACGUCACCAAGAUCGAUAAGUACACCGCAAACGGCAGUUUGGCACGGCGCACCGACGACGGCUACCUGACCGACCUGUGCAAUCAGAUGAGCCAGAAGCAGCGCAAGGUGGAAACGGUGCGGGCGAUGGAGUUUGAGACGAGCCGGCAGCACUUCGAGACGUGGAGCACCUUCUGGGGCCGGCCGGGUCACGGUGCACCACUGCCGAACAAGAACAAGCUCAACCUGGACAAUCUGCUUUACAAAUCACGCCGCUAAAGCAGAACCUGUACCAAUGCCAGUUUACCCAGUGCGACGAAACAUCUCAUGGCAAAAAACACCUGUAAGAGAUCACAAGUCACCGAAGUCACUGUAGUUGGCAGGAAAUAGAGCCCGACAUUAUAGCGUGCUUUAGGAGCACUGCAUGUGAUGCAGAUGGUAGAUGCUGGUGUUCUACCUGCCAAGUGCGAUAACAUACUGCGAGGUCUAUUUCCUGCAACAGAGCCACAGACGUAUGACGCAUGACACGAUACGAGUCAGUCAAGUAAUUAAAGAUGGACAAUUUUCUUCACUUGCCGAACGAACGCAAGUGAGUGCAAAGUUGCUUCGCUUUCACCCGAAAAUGACAACCGAAAAAUAGAGAGAGGGAGAAAAAGAUAAGA